AGCUAGAGCCGAGGGAGCCCACGACCCAUCUCUCAAAAAUAAAUUUUAUAAGAUCUAGUUUUAUAAAAAUCAUCUCUCUAUGAUAAUACAUAUCUACCUUCCUUUCUCUUUAGUUUAGCCAUUAAAUUUUCUAGAUAAAAUCCUAUAAAAUUUACUUUUCAUCUUCUCUCUUCUCUCCCAGUAGAAAAUAAAUAUCAUAUCCUAUUUAGCCCUCCUCAUAGGCUCAUAGCCUUCUUCUUCCUCCUCAACUCACCCAACCCACCAGCCUAGGAACCCUAUUGCACACAGACCGAGAGCCGCAGGCCUGGAAGAUUCAGAUCAGCUUCUGUUGGUGUGGAGAUCAAUCUAGCUAAGCUUCCUCUGAUUCAUGUAGCUCCUUCCCUAAAUAAGCCACACUCACUCGAUCUCUCGCUCGUCCUCCUAAGCAAGAGCAACUCAGGCAUAGACACCAAUUAAAUGGUCCAUUUCUUGCAAUGCAGCAAUGCUCACACGCCCUUUGGGCUUCUCUUCUUCUCCGUCUUCUUCCUGCUACUCACCUCUUCCAUGGAGGUAGCAUACUCAGAUGCCAGGAGGUUUCCACUGCGUCGUCUACGAGAGAUCGACACCAGCAAGGGGCAGGAGGAGGCGGAAAUCAGAGGAGAGAUGAAGGGGAGGGCUCUGAUUGGAUCUAGGCCGCCGAGAUGCGAGAGGGUGUGCAUGUCCUGCGGCCACUGUGAGGCAGUGCAGGUUCCCAUCGUGCCACGGGAUCACCAGCAGAAGAGGGCUACCGGUGCAGAUCAGGAGCAUGUGGUGAGCGAUGCUGCGGCUGCUGCUGCCAUCGGCACCGCAAUGUUCACCUACAGGGUGGACGGCAUCACAAACUACAAGCCGCUCAGCUGGAAAUGCAAGUGUGGAGGCACCAUCCUUGAUCCAUGAGCACAAUCCAUCUCAAAGGCACUCACUCGCCAUUGUUGCGCAAACUGUAAACACCACUUCCUCAUGUUCUUUCUUCUUUUUGACUCUUUUUGGUUUCAGCCCCAGCUUGCUCCCUUAAUUUUGUUGUAGUGAGAUUGAAGAGGGAGACUGUUUAAGCUGCAAAUUAGAUUUGUGGUAUAGUUAAGCCGAGCUAAGCAGCGAGUUUUUGUCA